UCAGCAUACUAUGCUCGUCAUAAAAUAUAAAUCUAAAUUUUACAGCGUUAAAUUAUUUUUGUUUUGGCCCCUUUUACAAAAAUUGGACGCCCACCUUCUCAUAUUUAAACUACCCCAGUACGUAAAUAAUCAAGCUGAGCUCCGCCCACAGGAACCCAGAAUCUCAGACACCGAAUAUCACGGAACACCCGGUUCGGUACCAAACACCCACCCACGCACGCUGCUCCACAACAAUAGUACUUUCUUCCUUGAGCUCUCUUCGCUGAAGAUUGCAACUGUAGCCGAUAUAUACUUCGGCGUAAUUGCUGAGCUCUGACUCACUGUCUGCUCGUCCAUUCUGCCAGCGUACACACUGGACGGCCGUACUGCAGCGCUGGGCACCAUGGCUCUCCACAUCGUAGUGCUCCUUUCCAUGAUCUCUGUGUUUGAGCUGGCCCUGGGGGAACCGCCUGUGGAAGAGGAACUCAUCAGCACAAGGAACGUCCCGCUGCUGGGAGGAUGGAACGCCAUGAGCCCAGAGAGCCCUGAAAUCCAGGCGGCGGCCAAGAAGGCGGUGGAGCAAUUUAACACCGAGUCAAAGGCCAAGAAGUUCUUCAAACUGCUCGACGUCUCGUCAGCUGAGACCCAGGUGACCAAUCUGAUCAACUACAAGAUACAUGCCACCAUUGGAAAGACCAAGUGUCGCAAGACUGAGAACGCCGACCUCGAGACCUGUGACAUGGCUAAAAAGCGCCUGCAGUGUCACUUCCAUGUCCAGUACAACCCCCGCAAUGAGGAGCUCACAGUGGUGGCCACGUCAUGCAAGAGAUGAGGAGUGUCAUCUCACACACACUCACACACACACUCACUCACACACUGUCAUCACACACACUCAUCUCACACACUGACC